AUGUCUGCUGAAGCUGCCACCACCCCCACUGUCGCCGAGGGCACCGCCCCUGAAGCCUCUGAGGCUAACGGCGCCUCUACUGCCCCCGCUGAGUCCACCAGCGACGCUGCUGCUGCCAACGCCCAGCCCCACUCCGCUUCUCUGUAUGUCGGCGAGCUUGACCCUUCCGUGACUGAGGCCAUGCUUUACGAGCUCUUCUCCUCCAUUGGCCAGGUUGCUUCCAUUCGUGUCUGCCGUGAUGCUGUCACUCGUCGCUCCCUCGGUUACGCCUACGUCAACUACAACAACACAGCUGACGGUGAACGCGCUCUGGAGGACCUCAACUACACCCUGAUCAAGGGCAAGCCCUGCCGUAUCAUGUGGUCCCAGCGUGACCCCGCUCUGCGCAAGACUGGCCAAGGCAACGUCUUCAUCAAGAACCUGGACAACGCCAUUGAUAACAAGGCCCUGCACGACACCUUCGCCGCCUUUGGUAACAUUCUGAGUUGCAAGGUCGCCCAGGAUGAGUUCGGUAACUCCAAGGGUUACGGUUUCGUCCACUACGAGACCGCCGAGGCUGCUAACAAUGCCAUCAAGCACGUCAACGGUAUGCUUCUGAACGACAAGAAGGUUUUCGUCGGUCACCACAUCUCCAAGAAGGACCGCCAGAGCAAGUUCGAGGAGAUGAAGGCCAACUUCACCAAUAUCUACGUUAAGAACUUGGAGCUCGAGAUCUCCGACGAUGAGUUCCGCACCAUGUUCGAGAAGUUUGGUGAGAUUACCUCUGCCACCCUUAGCCACGACCAGGAUGGCAAGAGCCGUGGAUUUGGUUUCGUCAACUACUCCACCCACGAGAGCGCCCACGCUGCCGUGGAAGAGAUGCACGAGAAGGAAGUCAAGGGUCAAAAGCUGUACGUUGGACGUGCCCAGAAGAAGCACGAGCGUGAGGAAGAGCUCCGCAAGCAGUACGAGGCUGCCCGUAUGGAGAAAGCUUCCAAGUACCAGGGCGUCAACCUCUACGUCAAGAACCUGACCGAUGACGUUGACGAUGAGAAGCUGCGUGACCUCUUCAAGCCCUACGGUGUCAUUACCUCCGCCAAGGUUAUGCGCGACAACGUCACUGACGAGCGUACUCCUACCCCCGAAUCUGAGGAGAAAGAAGAGAACAAGGAGAACAAGGAGGCCAAGGAAGAGACCAAGGCGGAAGAAAAGGAGGCGAAGAAAGAGGGCGAUGAGGGCGAGCAGACCGAGGGCGAGCCUGCCGAGAAGAAGACCCUGGGCAAGAGCAAGGGCUUCGGUUUUGUCUGCUUUAGCAGCCCUGAUGAGGCCUCCAAGGCUGUCACUGAGAUGAACCAGCGCAUGGUUAACGGCAAGCCCCUCUACGUUGCUCUUGCUCAGCGCAAGGACGUCCGCCGUAGCCAGCUGGAGGCCAGCAUCCAGGCCCGCAACACCAUUCGUCAGCAGCAAGCUGCUGCCGCCGCUGGUAUGCCCCAGCCUUACAUGCAGCCUGCCGUUUUCUACCCUCCCGGCCAGCAAGGCUUUAUUCCCGGUGGUCAGCGCGGCGUUCCCUGGUGGUUUCCCCAGCAGGGUGGCCGUGGUAUCCCCAACCAGCAGAUUCCGCCUAACUUCCAAGGCAUGCCCAUGGGUAUGCAGGGUCCUGGUGGCAUGCCCAACGGCAUGGGUUACCCCAUGCAAGUCCAGGGCUUUAACGGCCGUGGUGCUGGUGGCCGUGGUCAGGUUCCCGGUGGCUUCCCUGGCGGUAUGCGCGGUGGUCCUGGUUUCGGCCGAGGUGGUCCUCAGAUGGGCCGUGGCCGUGGUCAGCCUGCUCCGGGUGGUCAGCCUCGCGAUGACGUUGCUGGCAGCCAGAAUCAGGCCCUCCUCAACGCUCCUCCUGCCCAGCAGAAGCAGAUGCUCGGCGAGGCUCUGUAUCCCAAGAUCCAGGCUCAGCAGCCCGAGCUUGCUGGCAAGAUCACUGGUAUGCUGUUGGAGAUGGACAACGCUGAGCUCCUCGGAUUGCUUGAUGAUGAGGAUGCCCUCCGCGCCAAGGUCGACGAGGCUUUGAGCGUUUAUGACGAGUACAUGAAGAACAAGGGAACCGAGGGUGACGCUGCUGAGGAUUCUAAGCCCCAGGAGGCCGCUAAGGAAACUACCUCCGAGGACAACAAAUCGUAA